GUCCCAAUUAAUGGAUUCUGACAUGGAUUAUGAGAGGCCAAACGUAGAAACUAUCAAGUGCGUCGUGGUCGGGGACAACGCGGUGGGCAAGACCCGGCUCAUCUGUGCCCGCGCCUGCAACGCCACGCUCACCCAGUACCAGCUCCUCGCCACCCACGUGCCCACGGUGUGGGCCAUCGACCAGUACCGCGUGUGCCAGGAGGUGCUGGAGCGCUCGCGGGAUGUGGUAGAUGAUGUUAGCGUGUCCUUGCGGCUCUGGGACACCUUCGGUGACCACCACAAGGACAGGCGCUUCGCCUAUGGCAGGUCCGACGUGGUGGUUUUGUGCUUCUCCAUCGCGAACCCCAACUCCCUGCACCACGUGAAGACCAUGUGGUACCCGGAGAUCAAGCACUUCUGUCCCCGCGCCCCCGUCAUCCUGGUGGGCUGCCAGCUCGACCUGCGCUACGCCGACCUGGAGGCCGUCAACCGGGCACGGCGCCCCUUGGCCAGGCCCAUCAAACCCAACGAGAUCCUUCCCCCGGAGAAGGGGAGGGAGGUCGCCAAGGAGCUGGGGAUCCCCUACUACGAGACGAGCGUGGUGGCCCAGUUUGGCAUCAAGGACGUCUUCGACAACGCCAUCCGCGCCGCCCUCAUCUCCCGCCGCCACCUGCAGUUCUGGAAGUCCCACCUCCGCAACGUCCAACGGCCCCUGCUCCAAGCCCCCUUCCUGCCCCCCAAGCCCCCUCCUCCCAUCAUCGUGGUGCCGGACCCCCCGUCCAACAACGAGGAGCGCCCGGCCCACCUCCUGGAGGACCCCCUGUGCGCGGACGUCAUCCUGGUGCUGCAAGAGAAGAUCAAAAUCUACGCACACAAGAUCUACCUCUCCACCUCCUCCUCCAAGUUCUACGACCUGUUCCUCAUGGACCUGAGCGAGGAGGACCAGCAGAGCGCCGCGGGGCACGGCUUCGGGGUCGCCGUCACGGCGGCGGCCGAGCGGAUGCUGCACCAAGAGGAGAGGCACCACGGGCGGGAUUUCCUCCUCCGGGCCGCCAGCUUCGAUAUCUGCGAGAGCGCCGAGGAGGCCGGCUCCAGCCAGCGCAAACCGUGCCUUAGAGCCUCCACCAGUGACGGGAUCCUGCGGGGGAAGCGCUACGAGAACGGGGAGCGCGGGCUGAAGAGGGGCCGGGACCUCUCCUCGUGGAGCCGGGCCUUCAUCAGCAUCCAGGAGGAGAUGGCGGAAGACCCGCUGACCUACAAGUCCAAGCUGAUGGUGGUGGUGAAGAUGGACGCUUCCAUCCAGCCGGGUCCUUUCCGGGCCGUGCUGAAGUACCUGUACACCGGCGAGCUGGACGAGAAGGAGCGGGACCUGAUGCACAUCGCGCACAUCGCUGAGCUCCUCGAGGUGUUCGACCUCCGCAUGAUGGUGGCCAACAUCCUCAACAACGAGGCGUUCAUGAACCAGGAGAUCACCAAAGCCUUCCACGUCCGGAGGACCAACCGGGUGAAGGAAUGCCUGGCCAAGGGGACUUUUUCGGAUGUCACCUUCGUGCUGGAUGACGGUGCUAUCAGUGCCCACAAGCCCCUGCUCAUCUCCAGCUGCGACUGGAUGGCCGCGAUGUUCGGCGGCCCCUUCGUGGAGAGCUCCACCAACGAGGUGGCGCUUCCUUACACCAGCAAGAGCUGCAUGCGGGCCGUGCUGGAGUACCUCUACACCGGGCAGUUCAGCUCCAGCCCCGACCUCGACGACAUGAAGCUCAUCAUCCUGGCCAACCGCCUCUGCCUGCCCCACCUGGUGGCUCUCACCGAGCAGUACACCGUCACCGGCCUGAUGGAGGCAGCGCAGAUGAUGGUGGACAUCGACGGGGACGUGCUCGUGUUCUUGGAGCUGGCACAGUUCCACUGCGCCUACCAGCUCGCCGACUGGUGCCUGCACCACAUCUGCACCAACUACAACAACGUCUGCCGCAAGUUCCCCCGCGACAUGAAGGCAAUGUCGGGAGAGAACCAGGAGUACUUCGAGAAGCACCGCUGGCCGCCGGUGUGGUACCUGAAGGAGGAGGAUCACUACCAGCGGGCGAGGAAGGAGCGGGAGAAGGAAGACUACCUCCACCUCAAACGGCAGCCCAAGAGGCGGUGGCUCUUCUGGAACGCCUCCUCCUCCCCUUCCUCCUCUCCUUCAUCGUCGGCAGCCACAGCCUCCUCUUCCUCCUCCUCCUCCUCCUCCUCGGCUGUGGUUUGAAAGCCCGUCCUUGCCCUGGCUCCAGGAGACGGAUGGGGAGGAGGAAGAGGAGGAGGACGAAGGGUGGGAUGACCUGCCCCAGCACCGGGCGGGUGCCCCCAGGGGCACCCCGGGGAGACGGAGCGGGGUGCCCCCACGCCGCAGCGCCAGCGCCGCAGGACUGGCCCGGAGCAGCAGGAGAAACCCACGUUUACAGGAGCACAAGGGUUGUCUUGGGGUUUUCCUUUCAUUUUUGUUUCUAUCGACCAUCAAGCGCAUGAGGAAGAAGAAGAAACCCGUCCCGGUUCCACUUUAGUUUUUAAGCAGAAGCUGCAGGCUUGGGGUGGUUUUGGGGGACGCCGCCUCGACGCCCAUUGGACUUGCAGUGGGGCGAGGUGGGACCCCGGCCCCAAACCCCUCUGGGCUGCACCAGGGCUGAUCCCACAGGAUCCCCAAACCCCUCUGGGCUGCAUCUGGGCUGAUCCCACAAGGUGUCCCCCCCCCCAGGUCCCAUGGGGGGGCUGUCCCCGUGCGGGGAGCUCUGGGGAAAAGGAGCCCUCUCCUCCCCGCAUCUCCCCCCGGGGGCUUGGCCCGCAGCAGCGCAGAGAGCAGACUUCUAUUUUAUUUUUUAAAGAAAAUUUAAAGCAAAAAAUACCACAAAAAAAAACAACAACACCAAAACCCACCCCCAGAAACCACCCCCGGGCCCUUCAGCUUGGGCUCGGAGCCUGGGAGGCUCCAUUGUAAUAAAUGGUAUUUUAAAAGCC